AUGGCGGCGACGAAGUUGCCACCGCGAGUUCUCGAGGUGUUAUUCUCGUAUUUGGACAUUUCUGACUUAAGGAAUUGUUCUCUGGUGUGUAAAUCGUGGUACCGAUAUCUGAACGAUGAAAACAAUGACGUUUGGAGGAUGCAUUGUGUUAGAAAGCUGGCGGAAGAGGCUUUAAAAUCGGACAUUCUCAGUAGCGUGCCAACUUACAAAGCGAAACUGCGUGCUUUUUACCAUGCCUGGAACCCCUCGGACUGUUCCCGGAACAUUUACAUAAAACCCAAUGGUUAUACGUUACAUCGGAACCCCGUGGCCCAGAGCACGGACGGUGCCCGAGGGAAAAUUGGGUUUAGGACUGGUCGCCACUGCUGGGAGGUGUGGUGGGAAGGUCCGCUCGGUACCGUGGCCGUUAUCGGACUGGCCACGAAAAACUCCUCUAUGCAGUGUCAUGGAUACGUUGGACUUUUAGGUGGCGAUGAUCAAAGUUGGGGAUGGAAUCUAGUUGAUAAUCAUUUAAUUCACAACGGAGAUAGUCAAGGCAAUUACCCAUUGUUAAAUAAUGCUCCAAAGUACCAGGUCGGCGAGAGGAUACGGGUUAUACUUGACUGUGAAGAUAACACUCUAGCUUUUGAGAAGAAUUAUGAAUUUUUAGGUGUGGCGUUCAGAGGGUUACCGACAUGCACCUGUAUCCUGCAGUGUCUGCAGUUUAUGGAAACACAGAAGUGUCUAUGGUUUACCUGGGACCCCCUCUAGAUGGAUGACAUCAGAUGAAGAGUAGCAUCUGCAGCAGCAAGCCAUGCUGUGUGGGAAAUCCGCAGCCACAUUCAGCGUUACUAGGGUAACCACCACAUCCUGGAUGUGACAUAAGCAUUUGCUUUGACUGUGCCAAUCAGUGCUUUCUCUGGGACUGUGCCCAUCUCCUGCAUCAAAGAUCCAUGUUGACAGGGAAAAUGUGGUUAUCAUUUUCCAGGAAAAUAUGUAAAACCAAAAAAAACAAAAGAAUUUAUGACAAAAAAAAAAAAAAAAAGACGAACUCUCAGGUUUGGCAGCAACCCAUGUUACAUAUGUGUAGCUAUUGUAAAGGCACUUAUGAACAUAACCACUGCCUCUGAUACAUAAUGCGCCCAGGUUACAGUGUAUGGUGACACAAAAUUCACUAUGUAGUCAAGUGUAUAUAGCAGCACAUAGCAACCCAAUGUUGUAUUUUGUCCACUGUUGGUCAUCCGAAAUUUUAGAAUUGUCGACAUGUCAUAUCACACCCAUAUUUUUGUCAGUUCGGUACUCUUAGAGAAUUGUGCAGGCUUUUUUAACUUUUCAGUUUAUUUUAUCAAAGUCUUCUUUGCCUCAGUGUGUAAAAACAGCUAAAUUAAGUUCACCUUACUGCUAUUAGUGCUGUGUUAGAAAUGCUACAAAUUUUUUCGAAUAUUUCACGUCAUAGUUCUGCAUGUAGUUUUGUAAAAGCUUUUUCUAUUCCUUGAGCACUUCCAUAUUCCACCUACAUGUACAGGGCUGUAACAGCCCUACAAGGAAAUUCCUUAAUUUAUAUGCUCUUUCUGGAAUUAUGAUUAUUAAAUCUGAUUGUUUCUGUUUUAAAUUCUGCAUUCUUCUUUUGGGCAAAAUGGCACUCUCAUAGCUGUCUGAAACUUUCUUUACAGGUUGAGGAUAAAUAGGGUCUUCGUGCAACCAGUAAUAAAGUCACUAAUUAAAUCUUAUGAAUUAAUCCCGGCACUUUGUUCACUAUAUAUUGCCCUUAUAUUCAGUCUUAUGGAGUAAAGCUUGAAUUGGCUAUUGCCUGUGU